UUUAGUAACACUGUUAAAUCUUACCCAACAUCUCCUAGUGGUGAUCUAAUGUCAAUGACAGAGAGUCUAAUGGAUAAGUACAUGGCUGAUUACAGCCAGCGCUAUUAUCAGAUAAUGAAUGCUGAUAUUGGUGGUCAUAACCUGUUUGGUGGCAAUGCUGGUCCCUGGACAAGGAACCUGUUCCAAGUUGCUUAUCUUUGUGACAUUAAUCCAUCCUGUGCUGGCUUUACUAACGAAGGAUAUUUAAAGAACUCCAGCUCUGAUCAGCUCCCAUCACCAGGAAACAUAUUCUAUGCUAAAAUUAUUUAAUUUAAUUUUAAUGCAAAAACCUGCUGCAUGCUAUGCUGUUGCAAACUUAUUAAUUAUUCACUGGCUACUUUUAAUUAAUAUGCCGUAUUAAAUCUAUUUGUAAUGUUAUUCGUUCUAAUUAUGCGUAUAAAAAAUAACUUCUUUCAAAAACAUAAUUACAGUAAAUUACGUGUCACCACUUGUUGCUUUCUCUUUUCUCCCUAUCUCUUUCCGGGUUUAUCUUUGAGGAAUGGGUCAGAAAGGGUCCAAAGACAAUAGUUUCCUUGGGAGUAGUAGCAAUAGUUACUCAAAGACGGACAGACCCACCUCAUCCUCCUCGAACUCCCAUCCAGUCUCCUCGUCCACUCCUCCACGAUCAUACUCUCACUCGGUACAAGGAACGCAGCCACAACAACGACACACAGACACCACUCGCCCUCCUGCCCCUCUGCCUCCUCGUAACUCUUCCUCCUCUCUUCCUCCUCCUCCUCUACCUGAUAGAAGGAGUAGAUCCUCUACCUCUUCUAUCGAGUCUCUCAAUAAAUUCUUUCAAAAGUACAAAGACGAGACAGAGGAUGCCAUAUUGGCCGCUGGGAUGGAGCGAUUCUGUCAGGACCUUGGCGUCGACCCGACCGAUUUUGUCGUUCUCGUAUUAGCAUGGAAAUUCCAAGCGGAGGAAAUGUGUCGAUUCACAAGAGAAGAGUUUGUUAACGGCUGUCAGAGACUCACAGCUACUGACGCCUCAUCUUUAAAGAAACGCUUCCCCGAUCUAGUGAGAGAGACAAAAGAGUCUUCUAAAUCAUUCCGUGAGCUUUACAACUUUACCUUUUCAUUUGGUCUCGACCACGGUCUAGGACAACGGACACUACCGGUCGACAUGGCGAUACCUUUAUGGGAACUGGUCUUCACUUACAAGACCCCGCCCCUUCUUGAGAGAUGGUUUCAAUUCUUACGGGACAAUUCCAUACAAGGUAUAUCUAGAGACACCUGGAACAUGUUCCUCCCUUUUGUAACGACCGUUCAAGAGGAUUUUAGUAAUUACGACGAGUCGGAAGCCUGGCCAAGCCUGUUUGACGACUUUGUAGAACAAGAACUUGAGAAGAGUAGAGCUAGCUAGCUAGCUAGAGAUGUGUAGCCACACCCACCACUUAUUAAAUUAAUUUGUAUGUCUCAGUUAAAACUAUUGUUGUUAUAUUUUAUUUCUUUUUAUGGCAAGUUUGUCUAUCGAUUUUUUUGUUAUUUUUGAUCUCAUUGUGCAUAAUUGUUUGUUAAAGCAUUUAAAAUCGAAAA